AUGCCUCCUAAGCGAAUCCGUUGCACCGCUGCUUCGUGCCGUGAGCCCGCUCAACGGAUCGUCGGCGACUGCACCUUUUGCCAAGGUCAUUUCUGCGGCAAGCACCGCCUACUAGAAGACCAUAAGUGUACCGGUCUCGAGGACUGCAAGAAGCAGUCUCACGAGCGUAACGCUGCACAACUCGAGUCGGAACGAACCCAGGUUAUCCGGGAAUGGAGUGAAGAUCCGUUGUCUUGGCUUGAUUACGUGUUGCUCGAGCCUGGCCUCGAAUGCGACUUCAGGGAACCACCAGGACCCUGUCUUGUUUUACCGGCUUAUCUCCGAUAUCGUAUCGGACCCAUGACUGAUCUCGUGAGCGUCUAUCAAGACCACGCAUACGAUAGUGCCGCCUAG